UGUACACUGUACACCGAGUUCAUGGGAUGCAGCACGGUAUCGUAGUAGAACAGUGCACGAGACUUAUCAAUCCUUCCUGACCGGGGUCCUACGAGAUUUAUGGCUGUCCUUUCUCAUUGGAUACAAUUUUUCAAGUUCAGGAAUAGUUUUCGACGACAGCUUCAAGAUCAGCGAGAAAAUUACGAAAGUGAAAUCUUGGACUGGCCGGCGGAGCUGCACAGCCCUCCUGAACUCAGCGUCACUACUCAUAGACAACGAAAUUGAGGGAAUCAAUGCCCACGUAUGCAGUCUGUCUAGCAAUAAUCUCGUCCGCACUGCCUUCUCCUGCAGCCAAUUCAUCUCUCGAAGGAUGUGCAAAUGGAACCAGCUCUGUCCGGCGUGAAUGGAGCGCUCUCGGAAAGCCCGAACGACUUGCAUUCGUCGGAGCCGUCAAGUGCCUGAUGGACAAGCCAUCACAGAUUCCACAAGGAGAAGCGCCCGGAGCCCUUAACCGAUAUGACGACUUCAUUGCCACUCACAUCAACUACACGCACGUCAUCCACAGCAACGGCAUCUUUCUUUCAUGGCACCGUCACUAUCUCCAUCUCUUCGAGAAAGCGCUCCAAGAUGAAUGCGGUUACCAAGGCAGUUUGCCUUACUGGAAUUGGCCAUGGUGGGCUUCCGACUUGCACAGCAGCCCCUUGUUCGAUGGUAGCCCAACCAGUCUCGGCGGUGACGGAUAUUACAACGCAAGUAGUGAGCCUCGUGCCAAUGGCAACUACACGUUCCCCAGAGGCAAUGGAGGAGGUUGUGUCGCGGCGGGUCCUUUUGCAAACACCACUUUACAUUUCAAACGAACAAAGGGUAUCCCGACUACCAAUGACCCAAACAAACUCGAAUACGCUCCUCACUGCUUGACACGGGACCUGAACAACGGCAUCGCUUCCGAAUAUUGUUCACAGUCUCGCGUUGACGGUGUUCUUGCCAGUCCAGAUAUUGCUACGAUCCAAUCGCUACUUUCCGAUUUUGUGCCAGGUACGCCGAUCAUGGGUCCGCACAAUGGAGGUCACUACGCGGUCGGUGAAGAUAUGCAAGAUCAGUUUGCCAGUCCAAGCGACCCUACUUUCUGGCUUCAUCACGGAAUGAUCGAUCUCCUCUGGACGAGAUGGCAAGCGAAAGAUCCCGCGAACAGGCAGUAUGCUUUGGAUGGAACUGUCACGUCGUUGAACAGACCCCCAAGUCAGAAUGCUACUUUGGAUUACAUGCUGGACUUUGGAUUUUUGGAUAAAAGUCGACCAGUGUCUACGUUCAUGGACGUGAAGAAGGAGAUUUUCGAUUAUAGUUACGAGUAUGUUGAGGGUAAGGGUGAGCCUGGAGAGUAUGAGAGAUAA